ACGAGCCAUCCCUACCGUUUAUUAUCCAAAUACGCUGAUUUCGAUGAUAACAUUUAAAACAGUCGAAUGAUCGCCAAACCCAGACCCACUAAGACGAUGACUGCCAAGGCGGCCACGGAUAGGCUCCACCCGGAGGGAUCGCGCGGAAGUCCGGCUCACAUUUUCCCUCUCACCGCCGAGCACGGUCGUCUCUCCUCGGUGGUGGUAACUGAAUAGCCCGUGUAAUCUGACACUUCAACUUGCCGUGCUCCACGGUAGUUGAUUCAGUCAAUCAGUCAGUCACCAGCACCGUGGGCUCUCCGAGGAGCGAAGCCCAAACACGAGGAGGCUUUUUGUUUAUUUCAGCGCGGGGAGAAAAGACAAGAACCCUCGCGGUGGAACGCUUCUUCGGAUCCCGGAGCUGGAAGACGCCACUUGAGGAAGGAAGGGGGUCAGCGAGGGACCACGCGUGAGGAACACAUGAGGGGGGCGGGCUAGGGGGGUGCAGCGACCACACCGCCAAGCACCACCACCAUCACCACCGCCGCCACCGCUCCCAAGACGUGGCGGGGGGGGGGGGGGCCGUGAUCGAUGAGGAUUAAGGAACUGAAUUUGUCAAAGCCAAACACAGGAACGCCCUCCUCCACGAUCGACUAACUUUCAUGGCGUCCCGGUAGAGCCGCCAACAUGAACACGCUACCAUCCAUGGACCGGCACAUCCAGCAGACCAAUGACAGGCUGCAGUGCAUCAAACAGCACUUACAGAACCCGGCCAACUUCCACUCGGCGGCCACGGAGCUGCUGGACUGGUGUGGGGAUCCCCGAGCCUUCCAGAGACCCUUUGAGCAAAGCCUCAUGGGAUGCCUGACGGUGGUCAGUCGCGUGGCGGCCCAGCAGGGUUUUGACCUGGACCUGGGCUACCGGUUGCUGGCCGUGUGUGCCGCCAACAGGGACAAAUUCACCCCCAAAUCUGCCGAAACCAGCACCUGCAGGAGAUGUCAGACUGACUCAGCCCUGCUGUCGUCGUGGUGCGAGGAGCUGGGUCGGCUGCUCCUGCUGCGUCACCAGAAGAACCGGCAGAACGAAUCGCAGGGCAAAGUGGCCAUGCAGCCCGGCAUGAACAGCAUGAAGGCCGGCCUCACGCACAGCGAUGGCUCCUUUCCCUACGACUCCGUCCCCUGGCAACAAAACACUAACCAGCCCCCCGGGUCCCUGUCUGUGGUUACAACAGUGUGGGGCGUCACCAACACGUCACAGAGCCAGGUUCUGGGGAACCCCAUGGCCAACAGCAACAACCCCAUGAACCCCGGGGGGAACCCCAUGGCGUCGGGGAUGUCGGCCAGCGCGGCGGGCCUCAACUCUCCGCAGUUCAGCUCCCAGCAGCAGCAGUUCCCCAGCAAAGGCGGCUCCAACCAGCCGUACAUUCAGCAGGGGAUGUACAGCCGCCCCGGGUACCCUGGGGGUCCCGGAGGGUACAGCGGCAGUUACUCCGGAGGACCCAACCCGCCGCCUGGGGGCAUGGGCAUGACCGCCCAUUCGCGUCCGACGGGUGACUUCACGCAGCCCGCCGCUGCGGCCGCAGCAGCCGCCGUUGCCGCCGCCGCCGCUACGGCCACCGCCACGGCGACGGCCACGGUGGCGGCGCUGCAGGAGACGCAGAAUAAGGACAUGAACCAGUAUGGACAGAUGUGUUCCUCCUUCCAGAUGGGCCCGGCUCAGGCCUACAACAGUCAGUUCCUGAACCAGCCGGGGCCGCGAGGUCCGCCUGGAGGCAUGAAUCCAGCCAGCAUGGGUUCAGGUAUGAACAACCCCAACUUGAGCGGCCCCCCCAUGGGCAUGAACCAGGCCCGAACUCCCGGCAUGGGUCCAUUCGGGGGUCACGGCCAGCGGAUGCCCCAGCAGGGGUAUCCCGGAGGACCCCGGCAAGGCAUGCCCAUGCAGGGCAUGAAGAGGGCGUAUCCUGGGGAGGCUGGCUAUGGAGGUCAGUACGGGCCCAACAGUCAGUUCCCGCCCCAGCAGGGACAGUACCCCAACCCCAACGCCUCCAGACCGCUCGCUUCACCCAGCUACCCGGGACAGAGGAUGCCAGGGCAGCAGGGGCAAGGGCAGUACCCGCCUGGCAUGCCCAUGGGCCAGUACUACAAGCAGGAGCCUUUCAACGGGCAGAGCACCAACUUCUCUGGAGGAGGAUACUCCUACGGCCAAGGGAAUGGGCCCCCCAGGCCGGGUAACUACCCCCACUCCCCAGUGCCUGGGAACCCCACGCCCCCAAUGACGCCCGGAAGUAAUAUCCCUCCGUACCUGUCGCCAAGCCAGGAUGUGAAGCCCCCGUUCCCACCGGACAUGAAACCAAAUAUGACAGCACUUCCCCCCCCUCCGUCGAACUCCAACGAGGAGCUGAGGCUGACGUUCCCAGUCAGGGACGGCGUGGUGCUGGAGCCGUUCCGCUUGGAGCACAACCUGGCCGUCAGCAACCACGUCUUCCACCUCCGACCCUCCGUCCACCAGACCCUCAUGUGGAGGUCGGACCUGGAGCUGCAGUUCAAGUGCUACCACCACGAGGACAGACAGAUGAACACCAACUGGCCGGCCUCCGUCCAGGUCAGCGUCAACGCCACGCCCCUCACCAUCGAGAGGGGGGACAACAAAACCUCCCACAAGCCCUUGCACCUGAAGCACGUGUGCCAGCCGGGCAGGAACACCAUCCAGAUCACCGUCACCGCCUGCUGCUGCUCGCAUCUGUUCGUGCUGCAGCUGGUCCACAGGCCGUCUGUGCGCUCCGUCCUCCAGGGGCUCCUAAAGAAGAGGCUCCUUCCCGCGGAACACUGCAUCACCAAAAUUAAGAGGAACUUCAGCAGCGUGGCGGCCUCGGCGGGCAGCACCACGCUCAACGGGGAGGACGGCGUGGAGCAGACGGCCAUCAAAGUGUCGCUCAAGUGUCCCAUCACCUUCAGACGCAUCCAGCUGCCGGCGCGGGGGCACGACUGCAAACACGUGCAGUGCUUCGACCUGGAGUCCUACCUGCAGCUCAACUGCGAGAGAGGCACCUGGAGAUGUCCUGUGUGCAACAAAACCGCAUUAUUAGAAGGUCUGGAAGUGGACCAGUACAUGUGGGGGAUCCUCAACGCCAUCCAAAACUCGGAGUUUGAGGAGGUCACCAUCGACCCCACGUGCAGCUGGCGCCCCGUGCCCGUCAAGUCCGAGCUGCACAUCAAAGAAGACCCGGACGGGCCGCUCGCCAAGCGCUUUAAGACCAUGAGCCCCAGUCAGAUGACCAUGCCCAACGUCAUGGAGAUGAUCGCCCAGCUAGGGCCCGGACCCGGGCCGGGACCCGGCCACGGACCUGGACCCGGUCCCAGCCCUUACCCCCCACACCCCGGCCAACACGGCAGCGGAAACGGGGGCGAUUACCCAGUAGCAGGCAACACGUACCACAGCCAGGGGAACUUUGACUUCCCUCACGGGAACCCCUCUGGGGGCGGAGCUGGAGGAGGGGGGGGUCCACCCAUGAGCGAGUUCAUGCACGGGCCGCAGCUUUCGCACCCGCCAGACGCCGGCCCCGGUGGUCUCCUGUCGCAGGACAAGCCCCUCAGUCACGGCAUGAGCGAGGCGAUGUCCCAUCCUGAUCAUAACUCCAUGCAGCCCAGCUUGCAUGCUUCUCCUCAUCCCGGCGGCCAAUCGGGGCCCUCCUUGCAUCACGGCGGCGGCGGCGGCGGUGGCCCAUCGGGGCCGCCUUUGCACCACGGCGGUGGUGGUGGUGGUGGCGGUGGCGGCGCCGGCGGAAGCCAGCCAUCGCAGCCACCUCGCCCCUCGCAGCCCCCCCAGCCCCCUCAGCCCCCCGGGCAGAACGCUCACCCGCACGCCGAUCUGACCUUUAACCCCUCGUCAGAUGGCCAGGACAUGCCCGAACCUUCGCUGGAUCUUCUUCCAGAGCUCGCCAACCCGGACGAGCUCCUCUCCUACUUGGAUCCUCCCGAUCUUCCGGCCAACAGCAACGACGACCUUCUGUCCCUCUUUGAGAACAACUGAGCGACGCGUCGGGCCGUCCCGUCCCGUCCCGUCCCGUCCGGUCCGCAGACGCCACCUCAGUGACCCGCCACCCCCCCACGCCGCACGUGCACAGGCUCUCUUUAUUAGGGUGCGCCGCAAGGGGGUGGGACUUCCAGGGAGAGCAUCCCUGCACAUGUUUGUUUUUUUUUUUGUUUUUUUUUUCCGUGUGUCAAGAUUCCACCAACAGCAUCGGCGGCCAUGUUGGCGGGCACAAGCAGACGUGUACAUAGAGUAGAUAUCCGUGUAUAUGAUACCCCGUGUGACUUAUCAAGUGCAGCUAUUAUCAUCAACAGAGGAAAGCUUUUUAUAUAUAUUCUAUACGAGCAUGAUUUGGCUUUUGGGGGGGGGGGAGACAAAA